AUGGAUGCACUUGCGGCGGUAGGUCUGGCUUCGAAUAUCAUCUCCUUCAUCGACUUCUCCUGUGAACUCAUCACGGGCGCACGGGAUAUUUAUAAAUCCGGAGAUGGAAGAACCUCUGAGAACGCAACGCUCGAAUCCAUACUGGUCGAUCUAGAAGACUUCUCGCAAGGCCUGGUGACUGAUCUGAAAGCGACGACCUCGAAUGAAAAGGCUCUACUCCGAUUGAGCACAGACUGCCUCCGGCUCUCACAGGAACUAUCCGGCGUUCUGGCAAAACUAAAGGUCAGUGGCGGGAACCGGAAAUGGAAGAGCCUCAGGACAAAGUGGGCUAGCAUGCGCAAGGAGCGCGAUAUCACUUCUAUGGAGUCUAGGCUGUCCAGCUAUCGCGGACAGAUCCUUAUUCGCCUGCAAUUUAUGCUUGGACAGCAGCAGUCAUCUUUCAAGGCCAGCCUCGAUGAGAUUCAGAUGCAAGCACAGACCUUUCAUAAUGUGCAUGGGAAGCAGCUUGAUACUCUGAGAACGGGGCUGCUAGCCGAGAUAGGACGGAUGCGAGACAUGUUCCAGGCCGUCUCCCAGAGAGAGUCCGCCGACAACGGCAACAGCUUUGGCGGCAUAUCUGUGACGGGCCUUUGCGCCUUGUUGGCACAGCUCCGGGAACUGACCGCUCGUGUGCCCGCCGAGAAUCAGCUCCUCGCCCGGCUGUAUUUUCCUUCGCUGUACUAUCGGGAGGACGCCGUGGCGCCCUCAGAAGCAAGAACAUUCCAAUGGCUUGUCGACCAUGUUUAUGAUAGUGAAGGCAUGUAUAAGACUUCGGCGGAGGUAUGGGGAAGCAAGGGCAACACACGAAGGAAUUUUUUGAAGUGGCUAAACUCUGGGGAUGGAAUAUUCCAUGUCUCCGGCAAGGCAGGGUCUGGCAAGUCAACACUGAUGAAACUGCUCUGCGACAGCCCCCGCGUUCAUGAUGAGCUACAGAGCUGGGCUGGCCCACGGGUCUUGGUGUUUGCCAGGUUCUUCUUUUGGAUCGGUGGCGAUGAACUGCAACGGUCUCUGCAAGGUCUGUACCGUGCUAUCCUCUUUGAUGUCUUGAGGCAAUGUCCCGAUCUCAUCCUUCGCAUCUUUCCCGAAAGUGAUACCUCACCAAGAUGUGACCCGAGGAUUAGACAUUUGCCACCAUUCCGCCAGCAAGAGGUCGAAGCGGCGUUCCUGAGGCUCAUCAACUUACCUGAUAUAUCGGAUUAUCGAAUUUGCCUGUUUAUAGACGGACUUGACGAAUAUCAAGGGGACAGUGUUGAUUACUGGACCCUUGCCAAAAAUCUAAACGAAUGGACCAAGUCUGGAAGCGUGAAGAUGUGUGUGAGCAGUCGACCCUAUACCGAGUUUCUUCAAUCAUUCGGCCUUUGUUCCGAGAAACAGAUCCACUUGCACACGCUGACCGAGACCGACAUCCGUGGAUACUGCCAGGCAAUGAUGAAGAAGGACCCUCAGUUUGAAUCAAUCAAAGAAGACUACCAAGAGUUUGCCGAAGAGAUUGUCAGAAGGGCGCGGGGCGUUUUCCUAUGGGCGCGACUGGCGACUCGCUCCUUCCUCGCUGGAGUUGGCUAUCACGAUUCGAGUCACACGCUUCGUCAGAAGCUGGAGUCCAUCCCCGACGAUGUAAUGGCGCUAUUCGAUCAAAUGCUAGACAGAGUGGACAGUCUCAAUCGUUUGCGAGCCGCAAAACUACUGCUUAUUGCCGUCCGACUAGUCUCUCACCAGCUGCCAGCUAUAAUAUUUUCAUGGUUGGAUGACCUUGACGACCCGCACUUUCCAUUUCAGUUUCAGUGUGAACGAACGCUGCAGGACGCAACGAGACGAGUGGAGUCUGUCAAGCGCAAGCUGGACUCGUUGACGAAAGGAAUGCUCGAGCUGCAAACCAGUUACAACGGGAUCGAUGAUGAGUACCGCGUGCAAUUCUUUCAUCGCUCCAUUUACGAGUACAUCUGCGAUUCAAAAGCGCACCACCUGCGGCAACAAGUCCCAAACUUCAAUGUUCAAGAGGCCUGCUGUCGUUUGCUCUUGGGGUAUUUGAAAUGGUGCCGCGAGCGCGACCCAGAGGUGCGCGAGCCUUUGAAAUUCUGGUCUUGCCAGUUGAAAUACUUCGAGAUUCUCGAGGAUCUCAAAGGCUCGCCAAUCAUUCGGCAAUACCUGGAUGGGUUCUUGCGAUUAUCGGGGAACCAGCCAGAGUCGCCUUGCCUCACGAUCCAGGGUGGCCAUCCGUUGCUCAUUUCGCAACCCUUUCCUUUUCGACCACUCCAUCCCCUAUGUCUGAUACUGCAUUACGGGCAUGUCCAGUAUGUUAGGGACGCAAUCCUAGCGGAUACUCAACUUUUACACAACUCUCACGUUCCCCGCAUUCUUCUUCUUAUUUCAGCCAUUGCCGGCCAUUCCGAGAUUGUACGCCUGCUUGUCCAGAACGGUGUCUCGCCCCAUUCCAAUGCUCCCGUGCUGAUGCCUGGAAACAACAGAGAACUCAAGGCAUCCCUGUGGAUCGUGAUACUCAGCGCCUGCGCCCAGGAAAUGUUGAAUAAUGACACAUCUACACACGCCAGAACCAUCCAUGAGUUUCUAACAUUGGACCCCUCCCUCGAUCAUAAUGUAUAUUUCUUAAUCGGCCAUGGCAGCGAUGGAAACAUGAGCUUCGAAUCGACAAAAAAGAUAGUUUCUCUACAGGGACUAUUGGGUCUAUGCAACACGCCAGGAUCCCAGGAAUUGAUCCGGCUAAUAUGGUGGCGCGAGAAAUUCAACUGGUGGAGCCGACUUGGAGGGAUCUUUUCGCUUGCACCCUCCAAUGACACUACAUGGAGCCAAUUGCUGUCCAUGAAAUACGAACCGCUAUCCCUAAAAUUCAUAGGACAAGGCAGGAAAUACAAGUUUAACAGUAUAUACAGCGCACACACACGGGAUGAGGAGUUCAGAGCGUGGCGGAAACUCGAAGUUAGGAAGUGAGCUCUUUGCUUCCCAGCUUUCAUCUCUCUCAUUCAACCGCGACUACUGUGGGCGAGCGUCUUAUUAUGGUGCUGCUGUUCGGGGCUAUAAGCAUCUUUGCCUAGUGGGCUUACUCCGUCUGGAAUGAUGGACAGAUAUUAGACCCAUUUGGGCCGAGAGGAGACAAAGCCUGAUGCUCAGGAGCCAGGCAGGAAUGAAUUACGCGCCUGUAUUAGACGUGUAUUAUAGUCCUUGGGCAUUCAGCCUCACCAUGCUGCAAGCAGCAUCAAUGAUUGGACCACGCACUCACAAGCCCAGUGAUCACAGCCACGCUCAGUGCAACACACUUCUUCCUCACCUGCACAAAAAGAAAGGAAACCGGCCAACUGGCGCAGUCAGCAAAGAGCGGUUUUGGUUGGCGGUAGUCCUUUGUCGUGUUAACUCAGCCACAUCACUGUCCAUGUGGACCCAAUCCAGACCAGCGAGUCCUGCACUGCGCCUCCAGCCUGGUGACGUGCAUUUGGGGCUCGCCUUUCCUGUCAUAUUAUCGAACUUAUGCG